GUUAAUUCCGUUGGUGCUUGGAGGUCGUGUGUUCGAGCGGCGUUGGUUUGAGAUGGAGCCAGUGGAGCGGCGCAGCAAAGUCAAUUUCACUGAGGAAGAACGCAACGUGCUCGUAGAUCUCGUGAGCAAGUACAGCAGUGUGCUUGAAUGCAAGCAAACUGACGCGGUGUCUGUUCACGCCAAGAAAAAGGCGUGGGAGAAACUCACCGAAGAAUUUAACUGCCGCCACAAUGUGCGGCCGCGAACUUCUAAACAGUUGAAAAAGUGCUGGGACAACCUGAAGGAGAAGUGGCACCGCGCGAAAGCCGAGGACACCCGGGAAAUAUUCAAAACAGGUGGCGGCACCCCGGCGGAUAGCAACAUGAACGAGGAGCUGCAGAGGGUUGGCGCGGUGGCAUCUCACAUGGCCACACGCCUACAAAAUCCCUUUGACAGUGACCGCACUGGGCCUGGCACAGAGACCACCACGCCUGCUGUUGCAGCACUGCUGGCUUCAUCACAGCCGGGACGAAGCACUGAUGUAGACGAUGCCGACAUGCAGUGCGAGAACUCGUGUCAGUGGGAUUUGCCACACAGCCAGGAUGAAGAACCGGCUAUACAGUGUACAGUCCCACAAAAUGGUGACCCUGCUCAGCUAGCACAAAGGACUCCGCCAGCACCAUCCCCACCUGGAGUCGUGCCAACUGCAAACCUGCCAGCUGUAGUCCUGCCAGCUGCUGUGCCACGGGUGCCAAUAGCCUGCCAUGAAAGACGAACCAACGCGAGCCGGCCGUCCUGCUCAAGGAAUGAUGCUGUGACGAGCGAGCUGGGUGCUCGGCUUGCUGCCAUCACGAAAGAUGCGCGGCAAAAGAGGAAGGAGCACUUGCUCCGCAUGAAGCUUCUACGUGAGGACCAUGAGCUUCGCACGAAACUCGCUCGUGAUGAGCAUAAUGAUAGACUACAGAAAAGGGAGGCAGAGCACGCACAACAAAUGGAGAACUUGAAAGCAAAAAAGGUCCUUCUUGAACUGAAGAUUAAGCUUCUUAACAAGCAAAAUGAAUGA